AUGGUGAAGCAUUGCUCACACGGAACUUGUAAAUCGGAUAGCAAGUAUCCGGAGAAACUUGUGGGCGGGAUAUUCAUCCCAUUCCCGAAGCCAAAGUCUGAUUUUGACAGAUGCUUAUGUUGGAUCUCGCUCUGCCGAAGGUCACAUUCGCAGCUAAACGUUGACAAGAUUACGAAGCAUACAUAUUUAUGUUCCAAGGUAAGUAUCAUUUUAUUUCAUUCUACCGAAGAGUACCCGGAUCCUUGUGAUGCACAGACUGGUGAACUGCAGAGAGCGAGACGAAAUAUUAGAUACAUGGAUCAGCAGUCUAGAUCAGUUGAAACAUCCAUCAUUCAGAACAGAGUAAGACAGCUAGAUGAAGAAAAUACUUGUCUACGUCAAGAAAUUGAAAAGAAAAAUAAAUUAUCUGAUGCUGCUUGCCAAACAGAGAGAAAUAGACUUUUCAAUGCAGGAGACGUUUCAAAGUCUAAGAUCAAAAACUUAUUUAAAUUUUAUACUGAGUUAACCUAUGCUAGGUUUGUUAUGCUUCUUACUUUUCUCUUUCCAAACAGUGAAAAUCCAAUAAUGUAUGAAGACAAAAGAAAAGAAGUACAUGUUAACAGAUUUCCCUUGUCACAGCAUGUGUUUAUGUACUUGUGCAAACUAAGAAAUGGUUUGAAUGUGAAAGAUUAA